AGCUCUCCAUGGCUAGGGUUUUGUCAUAAUCGCCACAGACCAAGCAGUUCUCAAUUAUCUAAGAAGAAGAAGGGUUUUGAAGAAUGGAUGCGAACAUGUUGGCUGGCUUAGAUGGUCUUCCCGAGGAAGACAAAGCGAGAAUGGGUUCUAUGAUCGACCAGCUUCAACUUCGUGAUAGUCUGAGGAUGUACAAUUCAUUGGUGGAGAGGUGUUUCUCCGACUGCGUGGACAACUUCACGCGCAAAACGCUGCAGAAACAAGAGGAGACUUGCGUGAUGAGGUGCGCCGAGAAGUUCCUCAAGCACACCAUGCGCGUGGGUAUGAGGUUCGCCGAGCUUAACCAAAACCAAGCAACCCAAGAUUGAUUUCCGGUUUAGUCCGGUUUGGGAUGUAAACCUUUGGUUAGUGGUUUUGGUUUAACCCUGCAUACCCUUUUUGAAGAACCGGUCCGGGAUUCUCGAGUCAUGGUGAAACCUUUGUUCCAGGGGAAUUCUCUGAAUGAUUAUUUUGUACCGAGAGAUUAUUGUUCUCCAACUCUAUUGAAUGUGAAUUAUAGAAAUUA